UGUGGGGAAAUUAUUAGUUUAUAUUGAUUUGGAAAACAAACAAGUUGAACAAAAAGUACAAAAUGAAUGUCUUUUUUGUAGCAGUGCUCUCAAGCUAUUCAGUUUAUGGCAUCCUUGCAUUAAUUUCAGAUGAUUUGGAGCCAUUAACAGAUGACAUGAUUAAGGCAAUCAACGACUUAGACACGAUAUGGAAGGCAGGCGCAAAUUUCAACGGACAUGAUUUCAAGGAGAUAAAGAAUCUUAUUGUUACUUCCAAUGAAAAUUAUGAUACUUUUGAAAAGAAAGUUUUUGAUAAACCAAAAUUGCCAGAAAAUUUCGAUGCUCGAGUGGAAUGGCCAAACUGCACUUCGAUUGGUCAAAUUUACAAGCAAGACUCGUGUACACCAUCCUGGAUCUAUGCUUCUGUUGGUCAAAUCGCUGAUCAAAUCUGCAUUAAUACUGGAGUCAAAAUCGAUGUUGAAAAAACAGUUAAACAAAUGAUGAAACAUUAUGGCGAUUGUGAAUACAACAGUGCAGAUUUUGUCAAAGCUUUCAGGUAUUGGGUCAAUUACGGUGUUUUUACUGCCAAAGCAAAUGGGUCUGAAAGUUGUUAUCAAACACCAAUUUCAGUUAAAUGUCUAUUGAACUAUGAGAUUGAAAAUUAUUUUCAACUGAAUCCUGUUAAUCCAAAGUCAUAUCGUGAUAAAAUGGUGGCCGUGUUAAAUGGUCCCAUAACUAUAAACUUAGAUGUUUACUCAGAUUUUUUCAAUUACAAAUCAGGAAUAUAUAAACGAACUUCAAGGAAAAAGAUAGGAACUCAUGUUGUCAAGAUUAUUGGUUGGGGAGUGGAAGAUGAUAUCAAAUAUUGGCUGGUUGCUAAUUCAUGGGGCGUUCAAUGGGGUGAUAAAGGUUUCUUCAAAAUCCGACGUAAUGAAGGUGAAUUUGGAAACGAUAUUCGUUCGGUCGCUCUUUCAAUCUCAAGUGGGAAAAUGCCAAGUUCAUACAACAGAGAUCAAUUGUUUUACUUGCAGCCAUAUUGAUGGCAAUCUCAAGACCACUGAAAUAGUUUAUGCUAAUAUAUUUUUGCACCCAGUCUAAUAAAUUAUUGCAAUGCAUGCUGAAUGUUGAUGUAUUGAGUUUAAUACAGAGACCUAUCA